CAAACUGAGCAAAAUCUCAAACUCAAAUCGAUCUCAAAUCCUUGAGAUUUUUCUCACUUGAGAUUUUCUCGAAUAUGGCUUUCACGAAAAAUCUCAACUCAGUUUGAGUCCGGUCUCAGCUGAGACGGCUAUUUUUGAAAGUGAAAGUAGAUCUUUUGUAAUGGAGGUGAAAAAGACAUGUCGCGCUAUUUUUCGUAUCACUAUUUUUCCCGUACUCCUGUCAACUGACGUCUGCAGUUGUCGUCUGCACUUGUGGUAGUAAUAAUGGCAACAAAAAGAGCCAUGAAUUGGACAGAGAAGGAGAAGGUGGUCCUGGUGGAGGAAGUUGUUAGAAGGGAAGAUAUCUUAUUCGGCAAAUUCCGUGGGUCCGUAGUGACCCAUGAGACAAAACAGGCUGCAUGGGAUGCGGUGACAUUCAGUGUUAAUGCCAUUGCUCAAAUCCAGAAAUCCACUGACCAAGUAAGGAAGCAGUAUUCUAAUAUUAAGCAGAGAGCCAAAGAGACAGUGGACCACAUGAGAAAGACUGGCGGUGGUCCUAAAACAGAGGCCACUGCAAGUCAGUCACUGCUUCUGGAAAACAUUGGCUCAAGACCGGAAGUGGUGGGCCUUCCUGUCAACUUUGACACUGAAGAUUCCAAUUAUAACUUUCAACUGUCUGAAAUGGACCAGGAUCCAGAGGAAACCUGUGUCUUAUCUGUGGUUUCUGAUGACACAUCUGGACCUUCUACUUUCAGCAGCAAAAUGAAUAACCAACAUGGGAUUAAAAGGAAGAACCUGGCUCAGGGUUUCAGGGACCUAGAAACGGAAAACAUCAAGCUUGAGAACGUCAGAGUGAAAGAGGAAACAAAGAAAAUAUUGUUAGAACAAGAAAAACUGAAGCUUGAAAUAGAGGUACUGAAAUUAAAAAGGAAUUACUACUCUUCCGAAGCAAGUCAGCUAUGUGGUCCAACAUUACUUUAUGAAUCCUAAAUUAUAAUUCAUUUUUGUUUUCAUUAAUUCAUAACUUCAUUUAAAAUUACAUAUCAGUAGGAUAAAUAUAUGGCUAAUUAUGUAUUGAAUUGAU